AUGAUUGGAGGAAAACAUGACUUGCAUCUUAGGAUUAUUUUGCAUGUGCUAAGGAAGAAGAAAUUGUAUGCGAAGUUUUUGAAGUGUGAGUUUUGGUUGAGUGAGAUAGAGUUCCUUGUUCAUGUUGUUUUAACUGAUCUGAAUAAGAUGAAGGUAAUAGUUGAGUGGAAGUUGCCUAAGAAUGUUACCAAAUUUCAUAGUUUUCUUGGGUUAACUGGAUAUUAUCUUCAUUUUGUGGAAGGUUUUUUUCUUAUUGUCGCUCUUUUAACGAGGUUGUUACAAAAGAAUGAUAGGUUUGAAUGGACAGAAGAUAGAAAGAGUAGUUUUGAGAAGUUGAAGUCAGUGUUAACGGAAGCUCUUGUUUUGGUUCAGCCGAAAUCGGGGAAAGAUUUUCUGGUGUUUAGUGAUGCAUCUAUUAUCAAUCUUGAGUUUGCUUACAAUAAUAGUUAUCAGACGAAUAUUCAGAUGGCACCAAUUGAGGCAUUGUAUGAGUGUAAGUGUCGUACUCCAUUUUAUUGGUCUGAGUUGAGUCAGAGGCGUAUUGUUGGUCUGAAUCUACUUCAAGAUACAAAAUAUAAGGUUAAGUUCAUUUCAAAACAUCUAAAGGUUGCUUUUGAUCAGCAGAAGUCUUAUGUUAAUUUAAAGAAUCGUAAGAUUGAGUAUGUCAUGGGUGAUUUAUGUUCUUGA